GAGAGUUGGGUUUCGUCUACACCCGAAACGCGAGUCAGUGUCGAUCGCUGAGUAUUUUCUCGUCGCAGGAGUUAACACAGGGUAUGAGCAACCCGGCAAGUAAUCUUACCGACUCAUCUCGGCCGAACAGUGGACGGAGGCCGCGCAGCUCCGUCCGACCCACCAGCGCCGGUCGUCCGGCCUGGAACACGGCGCAGCUCACGCGGGAAGAGUCGCGAGACUUGGAAGCUUUCGGCGCGAACGACCAGUUCGAAAUCGUCGACGACAGCGAAGUCGUUACCGUUCCCGAGCAGAAAGGAUGCUUCGCAAGCUGCUUAAGAGGCCUUCGAGGACUCUGGUCCACCCGUCAACUUGGUGGGGCCAAAGCAGAUCGAGAAUGGUACAUUCGAACGACCCUGCGAGAACUGUUGAUUUACGUUGUCUUCCUCGUAGUGCUCUGCAUAUUGACCUUUGGCAUGAUGAGCCCUACUAUGUACUACCAAACGAAGGUUAUGAGCGACCUCUUCUUGGACUCUACCUACAAAGACAACACCAGCAACCUCAGGGGCUCGACUAGUCUUGAUAAUUUCUGGUCGUUUGUGGAGGAUGUGAUGCUGGGUGCUCUGUACUGGGAGAACUGGUAUAACAACCAGAGCACACUAGCCGAUGACCGCAACAUCCUAUAUGAGAAUCGGCUUCUGGGGAGCCCCCGUAUUCGUCAAUUGCGUGUGCGCAAUGACUCAUGCAAUGUCCACUCGGACUUCAAGAAGGCCAUCACCCAGUGCUUUGACAACUAUUCCCCGCACUUUGAAGACAAAGGGUCCUUUGGGCUUAUGAACGGCACUGCCUGGACAUACCAUACUGAAAAGGAGCUGAAAGGGGCAGACCACUGGGGCCUGCUAUCAUCUUACAGCGGGGCUGGCUACUAUGCUGACCUGGGCAUCACAAAAGAGGCAGCAACACAGGUCAUGGCUGACCUCAAGGAAAACCUCUGGAUUGGACGUGCCACACGGGCUGUCUUUUUGGACUUCACUGUCUACAACGCAAAUGUCAACCUCUUCUGUGUGAUCAAGCUGGUGUUUGAAUUUCCCGCCACGGGAGGCAUGAUUCCAUCGUGGAGCUUUCGCACGGUCAAGCUCCUACGUUAUGUGUCAGUUAGUGACUACUUCAUCAUGGCUUGCGAGUUCUUCUUCACGCUGUUCAUUCUCUACUACAUCGUCGAAGAAGUCCUUGAGAUCAAGAGCAACAGGACUAGUUACUUCAAGUCUAUAUGGAACAUCCUUGAUAUCCUUGUCAUUCUGAUCUCUCUGGUGUGCAUCGGAUUCAGCAUCUAUCGUACUGUUAUGGUGAAUAAGCUUCUGGCUGGCCUGCUGGACAAGCCAGAUGAGUUCGCUGAUUUUGGUCGUCUGGGUUUCUACCAGACACAGUUCAACAAUGCUGUAGCAUUGGCAGUUUUCUUUGCUUGGAUUAAGGUCUUCAAGUACAUCAGCUUUAACAAGACCAUGACGCAGCUUUCAUCCACCCUUUCUCGGUGUUCCAAGGAUGUGGCUGGCUUCAGCAUCAUGUUCUUCAUUGUGUUCUUUGCAUUUGCCCAACUGGGCUACCUUCUGUUUGGAACUCAAAUCCAAGGUUUCAGCUCCUUUGUAAAUGCUGUGUUCACUCUACUGCGCCUGAUCCUCGGUGACUUCGAUUUUGAGGAAAUGGAAGCUGCCAACAGAGUAUUGGGCCCCAUUUAUUUCCUCAGCUACGUCUUCUUUGUCUUCUUCGUGCUCUUGAACAUGUUCUUGGCUAUCAUUAACGACACCUAUGCUGAGGUAAAAUCGGAGAUCUCGCAACAGAAGAACGAGUUUGAGAUUGUUGACUACUUUAAGAAGGGUUACAACAACAUUCUUGGCAAGUUGGGCAAGCGGGAUCAAAUUGUGGACAUUCAGAAUGCACUCAAGAUGGCAGACACCAACCAUGACAACAAACUGACCUUUGAUGAAGUCCGCAAGACACUCAAAGCACAAAACUUCAGUGAUAUGGAAAUCGAGAUGUUGUUCUCCAAAUACGAUGUGGACGGCAACCGUGAGCUGAAUGAGCAAGAAACAAAGGAGAUGAUGGCGCACCUUGAGGGACAGAAGGUUCUGCUUGAUGAAGAGAUCCAGCGUGAAAAGACCUCUGGCAAUGACAAUGCUGGUGGUGGAGGUGGCAGCGGCGGCGGUGGUGAUGGGGGCGUCUCUUCUGACGAGUUCAACAUUCUGACCCGGCGUGUGGAUCGCAUGGAGCAUUCUAUUGGUAGCAUCGUGUCCAAGAUUGACGCGGUACUGGUCAAAAUGGAAGCCAUGGAGAAAGCCAAAGCCAAUCGGCGAGACACUAUGAGCAAGAUCCUUGACACCAUCUCAGAGAAUGAGGGUUUGGACGAGAAGGGCAAGCGUCAGCAGAUGGAGAAACUGGUUCGCGAGGAGCUUCAGCAUUGGGAUUCUGAUGCCUCACUGCACACUCCACGGAGGGAGAGGAGCAACACACCUUGAGUCUGGACUGCUUACUUCAAGCUGAGCGGCUGUGGAGAGAGAGAGAAAGACAUCUGCUUUGUGCAGAGCGAACAGCAGAUAUUCGCAUGAAGCAUUAAUCUCUCGUGAGCUUUGUUGUGGCAAGCUCUGUUUAGUGUGCUACGUAACUACACUGUUGCUCACAAGCAUAAAUGCUUGCUUUGCCAGCUUGCAAAUUACUAUGUGAGAAAAGUUAACUGAAAGUUUACUUUUGGAAGAAUCUGUACUACCAGUUUAUAUGUGCUAUUGGCAGCUGCUCUAUUACAUGGUUCAUCUGUUUCAGCAUAGCUGACAGACCUCAGGUGUUCUGCCAUGGCAUUAUUGUUAUUGUCCCAGAAGGGUGCUGUUAGUACCAUCAGUAUCAUAUUUCUCCUGAAAGAGUUGUGGUGACUUAGAGUCGCAUCUGUACCCAUUCAAAAUGGGCUCUUGCUGCCCUUAUUGUUGGCACUUUGACAGAGUUUACUGGUUUGAUGCGCCAUGCAAUUAGGCUGUGGUCUGCCUCAAACUUCUGAACUGUCGUUUUGCUUUAUUGAGAGAUCACAUGGAUUUGCACUACUGAGCUGUACUGUUUGUUUGGAUUUAACUAGUGUAGCUUGAGCCUGUGCAGGCUGCAUUGCCGAGUGGUUGUAGUGCAAAUCAGUGUCAACUUUAGUGUGUUCAUUGUGUGAUUCUCGCUUAGCUGAUUGCAAAAAAUGGCACAUACGUAUAUCACACAGCAACAUAAGUGAACUUUCGGAUUAAAAAAAAACGUUUUCCUCUUCUAAAGGACCUGCAAGUACAGUAAACAUUAGUGAAAAAGCAUGUGCUAAGCACCAUCGACAGCAUUUUAGCAAUCAUAUGCAUUCCUGUUUAGAUGAGACAGCUAUGCAGUCACAAUUACACACUGUUUUGGUAGCUUGAGUAGUUGGCAGUUACCUGCUUUGAUGUGUGCUGGUUUUACUAUAGAGGGACAAAAUGUACAAUACUCUUUCUGGCUUUGCAUGUAAUAUUCCCUUUUUCCCUCACAUUUGCUGUCAUUCACAAUGCUAGCAAGUUACAGCUGAGAACUGUAGUUGAAGGAAGUCUGGUAUUGAACACCUUUUGGCUGUAUAACUUUGUUCGAAGCUGUGCAUUUUUUGCUUGUGUUAAUCCCUGCUGACUGUUGCUGCUAUUGUCACAGAAGCAAAAAGCAGCCAUGCCUUAUUCGUCCGGUAUCGGACUCAAAACUGCUGACCUUGAAGGUUCUGCAGGCACAACCACUUGACCCAAUAAUCACUACACCAUCCUAUUUAUUGACUUACUCUUUUAUUUAUCUACCGUAAAAACUGGACUGUAGGUCGAACUGGAAUAUAGGUCGACCCCCCAACUAACCAAUUCUAAAAAUGAAAAAAAAAUCUUUUCAAUGGCAAAAGUACCGAAAGACACCCUUACCUUUAAA